CAAAUGUCAACGUCACCUUUCCUACGAUCACUUUUUUGAAACCGCAGCAUAUGCGUGUUUUUCACGUAAAAUUUUCCAUCAAAAAUGCAACAAACCAAUUCCAUAUGGUUGGUUUAAACAAAAGAAGUGGCUCGUAGAAACAGUGAUUUGAAGGGAGGCUAAAAAUAGACCGCUGAAGGCCAUCAAACGUUUAGCAAUCAAUCUUGUUUACCAUUUAUUUGUGCUGUAAAGUUCAUUGUGACGAGUUCCAUCAACCAGUGCAUUGGUAAAUAAAUUGUGCAAUUGACUGUGUUUGUGUUUACUAUCAGAAAAUCGACGUACACGUUACUCGAUUAGUGUCUAGAGACGAAACGGGGACCAAACAAACAAGAAACAACCAUUCGAAAAGUAUGAAUCUUUAACGAACAUUCCUCGAUUGAUACAGCAAAACAAUGUCUGAGACCCGAUAUGAACGAGUUACCCAAGCAAACGUAGACAAUGACAACACCGAACCGAGCCUGGACAUCAAUUCAAAUGAUAGCCUAACAAGAGACGACGACACAACAAUCGAAAUGCCCAAUCAACGUUUGUUGCAUGGAUUCGCGCAGACAGCCAUAUCGACACUGGGAUUGAUUUUGAUCUAUUUUACGCUGUCCAUUGGAUUAACGUUUUAUCAGAGGAAUUUCUUGAAGCAAUUCCAUUAUCCACUGUUGGUCGUCUGUUGCCACUUGGUGUUCAAACUUUUCCUGUCCUUUGUGAUAAGAAUUAUUUAUCGCCUGGUUACCGGAAUAACGCGCAUCCAGAUCGACUGGCGAACGUCAAUGAAAGCAAUGUCACCGUCUGGCCUAGCCAGCGGCAUUGACAUUGGCUUCUCAAACUGGGGACUGGAAUUGGUUACAGUCUCGUUGUACACGAUGACCAAAUCGACUACCAUCGUGUUCAUAUUGAUUUUUGCCAUUCUAUUGAAAUUGGAGAAAAAAUCCUGGUCACUGAUGAUGAUUGUCGUGAUGAUUUCGAUGGGACUGUUCAUGUUCACGUACAAAUCGACCAAUUUCAAUGCACUGGGUUUCUCGUUCCUUAUCUUUGCGUCAUUGUGUAGCGGUAUACGCUGGUCAUUUGCACAAUUAGUCAUGCAAAAAUCCAAGCUUGGGCUACACAAUCCGAUUGACAUGAUUUACUACAUGCAGCCGUGGAUGUUGCUUUCGAUAGUUCCGUUCACUAUCGGAUUCGAAGGUCAACGCAUCUACGAGGCUAGCAUGACACUUAGCACCGUACCUAUCGCUGAUGUAAGGUACCUCGCAAUCCAAUUGGUUUUUGGAGCAUUUAUCGCUUUUGCCAUGGAGUUGAGUGAAUUCUUGGUGUUGUCGAAAACAUCCAGUUUGACUCUGUCGGUAUCGGGAAUAUUCAAGGAAAUUUGUCAGCUAGUGCUGGCCAUCGAACUAGACGGCGACCAAUUGAGCCCACUGAACGUGUUGGGUCUGAUUAUGUGCCUCGGCGGCAUAUGCUGCCAUGUCAUCCACAAAUACUACGUGAUGACAUCCAGUGCGUACAGCGAGACUACGAAAUUGGACACCGACACGGCCGUAUCGUUUGACAAAGCAGCGAACGGAGUGCAACAGGUUAAUUUGAAAAAGUACCGUAAGGAUCAGAGUGUACCACUGCUGCAAGCCGAUAUAUUGGACAGUACCGAUUCGGAUGCGUCGGAGAAUGAUAAUCAAAAUGGAUCGGAUGUCAUUUUCGAUGUGUUGAAGCGACGCGAUAUGAGAAGGUAGGAAGAGAGUUGUGAGUGAGUUAACGGAACGUAUUUAUAUCAAUGGAUUUGUUAUGGCAUAAGUGUGUGGAUGGUGGAUGCCAGGCUGUGGAAUUUGUUAAUUUUUUUUUGUUUUAACUGAGUUUACUUAAAAACAAGAAUGUGUGUCCUCGUAAGAUGAAUUUUGUUUAGAAAACGAUGAAACGAAAGACUUCAAUUUUACGUUAAUUAGAGAAACUUACUGCUCUGUGUUACAAUCCAAUUUUGUAUUCCGAAUUGAGUCAGCUUAUUUACUUAUUUUAUACAAACAACAACAUUCUACAAAUUGAAAUUGAAAUUUUAUUAAAACGAAAAAAAAAAUGGAGAAAAUCUAUUUACGAUGAGGAUUGGGCGAGGCGAGUCAAUCUAACAUACGUAAAAUCUUAACUUUGCAUUUUAUAAUUCUAAUCGAAAUAUACUUCACAUUCCAUGUACGGUUAAAUGACAAAUGGCAAUGCAUCUCUGAGAGUAUUUAAGAGUCAAUUCGCCAAUUUCUCAGCCACUUGGAAAACAAGCUCGCGCCGAUAUUAUUGAGUUAUAGCUCAUUCGAUUCGUCGUUCAAUUCUAGCGAGGGGGUGUCUGCCAUUUUCUC